GGCUCAGGAAAAGUAGGGAGAGAUUUGUGCUCGGCUGCUUUAUUAUAGGUUUACUGAGAGCACGUUUUAUAACGUAGUGGAUACACCUGCUUCCGGAAGUCAUCCCGGGCCUCAUGUAUGAUGAAUGAACCUUUUUUUUUUUCUAAGCUUCUAAAGGAGGAAGUCAGUAGUAGCUUGUCUCACAUGCUGUGCAGAGGUGAAAUGAUCUUUACGCUGGAGCUGUUGCUGGUCACUGUGGAAUAUCCCUCAGACAGCAGCGGACCUUCAAGAGUGAUCUCGUCCACGCUGGUGGUCAGGAGCAACUGACGAGCGUCUAUGCCUCUCAGGAGAUGUGUGGUGGCACAGCAAAAGCUACAAACCGGCCAGCAGGCCAACAAGAGUCGGCCAGAUGUGCGACGGAUGCCACUUCUGGUGCCGGGAGGGUUUUCAAGACACUCGUGUGCGCAAAGAUUCCAAAAUGUGCCAGAGGAGGAAGGGGAGCAGAAGCUGCAGGGCUCAACCACAGUUGGUCAUGUUCGGAGCUGGACCUGAGCGACAUUCGCCUGAUAGUUUACCAGGACUGUGAGAGGAGAGGCAGACAGGUCAUGUUUGAUUCCAGAGCUGUUCAGAAGACAGAAGAGGCAGCUGCUCAGAAAGCAGAGGAUGUCCCUGCUAAAAUGUCAGCCAGGUGCUGUCAAGAACGCGGGAGUGUCGGCGGCGGCGGCGGCGGCGGCGGCGGCGGCGGCGGCGGCGGCGGCGGCGGCAGCUCUCUCCACAGCUCUGGAGGAUCUUUACAGCACACUAAGGAGCAGCUUCCGAAGUACCAAUACACGAGGCCGGCGUCCGAUGUCAACAUGCUCGGGGAAAUGAUGUUCGGCUCUGUUGCCAUGAGCUACAAAGGCUCCACCCUGAAGAUACACUACAUACGUUCUCCUCCUCAGCUGAUGAUUAGUAAAGUCUUCUCGGCUCGAAUGGGUAGCUUCUGCGGAAGCACAAAUAACCUGCAGGACAGCUUUGAAUACAUCAACCAAGAUCCCCAGGUUGGAAAACUGAACGGUUUGGGUCCUUGUCGCGCUGGAAGUAACCUAGGUCUGCUGCAGGCGUGCAGCGGCAAGCUGCUGCAGGGGGUGUCCGAAGGAGGACCGCUCCGGCUCACCCGCAGCGCUUCUUUCUUUGCAGCACACAGCACACCGGUUGACAUGCCCAGCAGAGGUCAGAAUGAAGACAGGGACAGCGGCAUUGCUCGAUCAGCUUCGCUGAGCAGCCUUUUGAUUACACCCUUCCCGUCCCCGAGCUCCUCUACGUCCUCUUCCAGCAGCUAUCAGCGCCGCUGGCUUCGAAGUCAGACGACGAGUUUGGAAAAUGGCAUCUUUCCAAGGAGGUCAGCGGAUGAGAUGUUUAGCUUGGCUGACGAAGCCUCCAGCUCCAAUCCAGCCAUGGUGAGAAGGAAGAAAAUUGCCAUCAGCAUCAUCUUUUCCCUGUGCGAGAGAGAAGCAGCUCAGCAGAACUUCCAGGACUUCUUUUUCUCCCACUUCCCCCUGUUUGAAUCUCACAUGAACAGGCUGAAGAGUGCCAUUGAGAAGGCCAUGAUCUCCUGUAGGAAGAUCGCAGAAUCAAGUCUCCGUGUCCAGUUUUAUGUGAGCCGUCUGAUGGAAGCUCUGGGAGAAUUCAGAGGGACUAUCUGGAACUUGUAUUCUGUUCCGAGGAUAGCCGAACCAGUGUGGCUCACCAUGAUGUCGAGUACGUUGGAAAAAACCCAGCUCUGCCAGCGCUUCCUCAAGGAAUUUAUACUUCUGAUUGAGCAGGUCAACAAAAACCAGUUUUUUGCCGCCUUACUGACUGCAGUGUUAACCUACCACUUGGCCUGGGUACCAACUGUCAUGCCUGUUGAUCACCCCCCAAUUAAAGCCUUCUCGGAGAAGCGUACCUCUCAGUCGGUGAACACGCUGGCCAAAACACAUCCGUACAAUCCUCUCUGGGCCCAGCUGGGUGACCUUUAUGGAGCGAUAGGCUCUCCGGUGAGACUGACCCGCACAGUGGUGAUUGGAAAGCAGAAGGAUUUGGUCCAGCGCAUCCUCUAUGUUCUGACCUACUUUCUCCGCUGUUCGGAACUACAAGAGAAUCAGCUGACCUGGAAUGGGACUCCUAGUGAGGAUGACCAGGUUAUAAAUGGGAGCAAGAUUGUAACUGCCUUGGAAAAGGGAGAGGUGGAAGAGUCUGAGUACGUGGUCGUCACGGUGAGAAACGAGCCUGCCCUUGUGCCGCCGGUCCUACCGCCAGUGACCACGGAGAGGAGGAGCCCGGAACCUACAGGAGUCGCCGAGACCCCAGAGGGCACGCAUACUUGUGAACUGGGUCACAGUCCUGAGAAAAACAAGUGCAGGAGGCCAGAGCAGAGUUCUGAGGCCAGUAGCGUGGGGUUCCAAGAGGCAGAACCUGACAGUUCCUGGACACCUCAAGGUGUAUUCUAUGAGGACAGCCAGGAUGACCAAGAGGCACCCCAAGAUGUCUCUUCAAGACCUCCCAGCUGUGAGGUCCCCAGAGUAAGAAUCAGGAUGGAUCAUAGAGCUGUCCAUGAGGAGCUGCACGCAGAGAUGUUACAAAAAGCAACUGAUAGAUCGUCAGCCUGGCCCUGCCCUGACAGACGUCCCCAGGAGGAGCCUUCUGUUGAAAAGGUCACUUUCCACAUUGGAAGCUCCGUCUCUCCAGAGUCCGACUUUGAAAGCCGCACCAAAAAAAUGGAGGAGCGGCUAAAGACCUGUGGCCCAUUCCAUGGGACUAGUGCCUCUGCCAGGCCUAACAUGGACACCAGCCUGGCUCAAGACCAGCAGGGCUCUAGGUGUUCCUCCAAAGCUGACUUUCAAAGGGACAUCGCCCUUCCUCAGGACCAGUUCUCAGGGGGAGAAGGUGUCCCUGAGGACAGACACCUCCAAGCCAACAUCGUGGCAGGUGCUGUGGGACAGCUUAGCCAAGCUCAAGACCCCCUCGAACCUUCUAGCUGUGCAGCAGCCAGUGGCCAGAAACCACUGGAACACACUGGAGAUGUGCAAUUAAAAGGCAGGAAAAGACCUUCAUCACAGCCUGUAAACACAUGUAGGCAGCAGGGUGGCCUGCUGGGUGCUUCACAUGUCCCCUGUGGGGAUGCCAGUGGUAAGGCCCACUUCAGGAUGCAAGGAGACAUUCCCAGGAAUGAAAGCUUGGAUAGUGCUCUCGGAGACAGUGACGAUGAGGCAUGCGCAUUACCCCCGCUAGACCUAGGUCACAGUUGUGACAGGACUGAAGGGUCCUUGGAAGUGGAGCUGCCUCUGCCAAGGUCUCAGAGCACCAGCAAACCAAGCGUUAGAAAUUUUGGCCGCUCACUUCUGGCGGGUUACUGUGCUACGUAUAUGCCGGAUUUGGUGCUGCAUGGAACCGGCAGCGAUGAGAAGCUGAAGCAGUGCCUGGCAGCUGAUCUGGUUCACACGGUGCAUCAUCCAGUGCUUGACGAGCCCAUAGCCGAAGCCGUCUGUAUCAUCGCCGACACGGAGAAAUGGACCGUCCAGGUGGCCACGAGUCAGAGGAAGGUGAUGGACACCAUGAAGCUGGGCCAGGAUGUCUUGGUCUCCAACCAAGUGUCCUGUUUACUUCAGUCCGUUCUACAGCUCUAUAAGCUGCACCUUCCUGCCGACUUUUGCGUCAUGCAUCUGGAAGACAGACUACAGGAGAUGUACCUUAAGAGCAAAAUGCUUUCCGAGUAUCUCCGGGGACACACGCGUGUGCACGUGAAAGAGCUGAGUGUGGUGCUGGGGAUUGAAUCUAACGACCUGCCUCUGCUGACCGCGAUCGCCAGUACUCAUUCUCCCUACGUGGCUCAGAUCCUCUUAUAGCCGACCGUGGGACCGUUCUUGGAAACCGAGUCAGAAGAGCGAGCUCUCGGUGACGGCAAAGGCGUGGGAGCAUGGAGCAGACACGGAAGCCGCGACGGAAUGGCUCUCUCAUCGGGAGAAAGUGACCUUCCUGGUGGGAGAAAACGUCAGCUCUACAGUCAGACUUAGCAGACGACUCUGGUGCUGUUGGACAGAAUAUUGAGGUCUGACUUUGGAGUGGGGGUAGCCAGCGAAUAGAGCAUUCUGUCAGGAAAAUGUUUCCUGUGUAAGCAUGAGAGAGCAUGCAGUAUCACUCUAAGAACAAGCAGGAUUUUAGGUCGGCGGAGCUCUCUUUACAGAUGGUGCCGCGAAGAAAGCCACAUUGUGCCGCUGUCUGCGCUGUGCCGCGUCACGCAGGAUUUGGAAGGGGAGAGUGCUUUGCCACUCAGUUUGCUGUGAUCCCAGUGCAGCCACACGCAGAUCUGAGGGACUGCUGGUGUAAUAAAGCCCAUGCAUGACUCCAUGUAGCACCCGGUGCUUGUAUCGGGUGCAGUGGCCCGCAUCGGCCCGUGCAGUCUAACACUGGGUAAUCAUCUUCAGCUUUAGCGUCCACAGCCUUCUCCAGAAAGACCUUCUACCAAAGUUGCUCCCGUGAGCUCAGGCGAGCUCCUCUGGCUGAGCCCUCCCAGCCUGAGCCUCUUUCCUCCUGCGAGUCCUUGCAGAUGCCUGCCUGCGCUGAAAAGUGCAUCAGCCCACUGGGAAGUGAGCCCUGCAGCGGCUCGGAGGAAGGGCGCAGGCAGUUCGGACAUGUAGAAGCGAUCCAUGCGCGAUCUGUUUUUACAUGAUCGGCUCUGCACUUUUUUAAACAUCUUUCCAGAAACUGACCAUGUAUAAACCUUGCCCAUGGUGAACUGUAAAAACCCAAAGAACCUUAGACUACUGAGCGUAAAACAGUCUGUGUCCAGGACUUUAAAAACAAAAUCUGAUGUUUAAAAGCCAGGAGCCAGUCAGGUCAAGUCAAACCCUGUCAGGUCCUUAGGCCUGUCUUUUGGUGCUUGAGAAUGUGGGAUAGCGUCCAAGGGCUCAGACGACUUCCUAGUUUAUAUCUGAUAAAAUCCUGAUCCAUGUGACAUUUGUCUAUUCAUUGAGAGCGUGUGCUCCUGUGGACAAAUGCCUACAUCAUCUCUUUGUAGGCCAGAGCAUGGACGCUUCCUCUCUCCCCCUCUCUCCCUUCCCUUCCUGGGCUCCCUCUCUGUUUACCUUUUGUGAUUUGCAAAAGGGGCCUCAAGGCACUUAAGAUCUUUAAUUUGCAUAUUUUGUGUUUCAUUCUUUGAAAUCUUUCCAUGUUCUGUGAGCUGGCAUUUGAGUUACUGAUUCCCAUUUGCUGGCUCCACGGUGUCAUCCUUUGCUGGGAAUCCCACCUGGCCUCAGCUCUCCACGUGUUUUUCCUCGCUGUGGAGGAACCGUCAAAGCAGAGGUCAGCCUUCCACCCUCGCCAGCUCACAGUGCUCCCUGCUCCCCUCCUUUUUCCCCAGCUUCUCUCUCGUUUACACGGGGAUACUGCCUCACCACCAUCUUCUGAGGUUCUGGAGAGAAGAACUCAGUACACGUUUGCUCAGUUCUCAUGUUGACAGCCAGACCCGAGGAGCUGCGCUGUCGGCAAGUUACUUCUCAGCCUCAUGCAUAAAAAUUUAGCCUGGGCCUUCAGAUCCUACAAAACAACCUGCCUCUUACUCUAACGUUCCAAAUUUCAGAAAAGCUGGGCGGUCACGUGGGGUUAUCUCAGCGCCCUUCGUGGCCUCUUUUGCUGCUGCAGAGAAGGACAUGCUGCUCCUCUCCUGGCUCCCAAGGUGUGGAGCGGCCACAUUUUGUCUUAACCGUCAGCCUGUUCUCAGAAGCGCAGCAGCAACGGAGUAUCUCAUGGACUUCUGUUGAGACACGCCCACACCCUGCAUCACGGAUGGCUUUGUUUCAUCAUAGCUGGAGAGUCCAAAAGGGACCCCACCUUCUCCUAGACCCAACUCAAGGGAAAAAAUAAAAAUAAAAAACCUUUUUUUUAAAAAAAAAAAAAAAAAAAAACAUUGAAAUAAAUCUACCUCAGUUGACAGGAUUCCACCUGCCCUUCGGGUCUCUUCGGCUCGGAAGUCUUACCUGCUGUGUCACUGCUUGUGGGACUGAGCAGCAAGUGAGGCAGGACUAUCGGGGCGGAAGUGUGUCAGUGUUCCUGUGAUGACCUCUUUCUAGCAUGUUGCGGUUUAUAUGCGAUAUGUCGAUAAGUGAUAUGAAUGUAUAGGCAGUUGUAUAUGUUUGAAAAGACGACAAUGAAAAUUGAAAAUGUAGCUUCCAAACUCGUUCAUAAUUGCGAAGCAUCUUGUCUCGUCAAUGUUACGUGGUGUUUGUACAGCUUCAGCCCAUGUUUCAGAAGUGUGCUGUUUUUGACGGACAGGAUCUCAUCUUCUCACGUCUCGCGGAGUUGCUGUUUACACAUCACAACUUUUUAACUUAACCGUGUUUCUCAGAAUUCGCUUUUUUGGAGGGAGGAAAUUCCCCACUUGCUAAAUGAUCCUAAAUUGUUGUCUGGGCUCUUAAAAAUCAGGUCUUCGGAUUUUAUAAACUAGUCUGUAGCUUUCUAGGUUCUUGGUUAGUUGGAUGUACAUAAGGAAUAUAAAAUGACCCUCAAAUUCUUUCAGAUGUCUGGGGUUUUUCUCCAUCAGUGCACACUCGGGAUUGUGUUCACAUGGACUUCAUCGUGAAAUCAAAAAGGUCCACAGCGUCUCUUAGUCAAUGUGAAAUGGUUUGUUUGAUUUUUUUUUUUUUGUACUUGGCGGGAAGGACAUUUUAGUACAACUUUUACUUAAAGCAGCCCCUCUGAAAGUUAAUUUUUAAAAUGUUAAAAUUUGUUGAACAUCUGGAACGUGUGUUUGCAUUAUGUUUAAAUUUCAGUGUUUUAAAAAGGAAAAAUUCUGGGAUAAAUUAUUAUUGAACUUUCAUUAAGAGAAAUUUAUAGGACUGUUUUUUAAAUCAGUUGAAUGGAUACCCAUGUCAGUGUGGAAUUUUUUUCCUUAAAGCAACAUUCAUGUAUUAUUUUUAAUCCAUUUUUUUUCUGUGACAUUUGGUGCAAUAAACUUUUUGAAAUUAUCUUGCAAA